CACGCCAUUCGGUCAGGUGCGUGUCAACCAGCCGUUUGAAACGAAGACAACCACCGACAGACAGACCGAUGCACACACAAAAUAAAUAGGGCCCACUUUCUUCCUCGCCUUAUGCAGAGAUAUACACAACCAAACCAGCUAGAGAGACACAUCCGUCCUAGCUAAGGAAGAGGCCAAGGGCCAGCAGAAGUGGCACAACGGCGUCCACGACCCUUCGCCUCGCCGCUGAGUCGAGUUGGUCCACAGUAUCAUCACCAUCGCCAUUAGUCGGAUCACCAUCGUAGGGGCCAACGGGCGGCGUAUCUCCGCCGCCGGCUGCUGGAAGAGACGUCGGCACUGACAGCCCACCGUCAAGCGAGCCGAUCCCCUGGGACACGCACCGAGCCAAUACGAGAGAGGCACAAACAUCUACAGAGUGAUGGAGGGUACCUUGAAGCACUUGGCUCCGUCUGGGUGAGGGCCGAUCGGAAGGUUCUGCACACGUAGAAUGAAUCAGUGGGUGCAGGUGUGAGACAGGGAGACAUGGCUGGGUAGGUGGCGUGUGUCGCUGUCUUACCGAGUGCUCCUGUGCUAUCGGUAUGCAGAUGUCAAAGUGUCUCAGGAGGCGCUCCACCUCGUCAGGGAAGGAUGGAUUCGAUGCAUCCAGCUGAGCUGACGUCGGCGCAAACCAAGCUGACCGCACAGAUGGCUGCGACAUCAACAUGGCGCAGCACACGCGGCAACACACUUACCUGGGUCGUAUGUACGAAUUCUGUGAUCAUUGAUACUGCUCGUGCGUGGGGGCAGCUUCGCCGCCUUGUAGCCCGCCCCCACCUCCACCGUGUCGCUUCCGUGUGUCUCCCAUCCCUCAAUCCAUCGGCCGCUCUCCGCCUCCCCGAGCGCAGCCAGGCUCUUGAAGGUCUCGGUCCCCGGUUUAUGACCCACUCUCACGAUCUGCGCGUCGGGGUCCAUGAGCAUGUAGAGAUUGUAGUCAACGUCAUAAUAUUCCCGGGGGAAUGUCCCGCCGGAUGGCGCGGCGAGGUUGAUGCCGAUGUCGCAGUCGACGAAUAUGUUAUUCUGAAUGGUGAUGGAGAGCGGCUGCUUGAGGUGGCGCUCCCGCGAUCGGACACAUUUGGCGACGCGGGCAAUCAGGUUGUUGAGAAACCAAAGCUCGGACUUCUGCGGUGCAGGUAGGCAGGCAGGCAGGCAAGGAGACAGUCAGCCAGAGUUGAGCCUUUAUCCACGUGUUUCUGCCUAUCGGUGCCGUUGCAUGUCAGACCGUGUCUUCGUUGCAAUACCAGUUGAAGCCCUUCGCUGAAUGCGGACAACAAACAGGUGAAGUUAAGGCAGACGCAUGCAUGUGUAUUUAAUGGCUUCUGUGCAUGUGUGGUACAAUCUAUGUUGAAGAUGACAUUCCGCAAGAACACUCCCUGUCCAGACAGACAGACAGACAGACAGACAGAGAUGGCACUUGUUGGAGAGACGUGUCUGCGUGCCUAUCUGCUCUAUCUGCCGUGAGAGGCAGGCACACUUACCCCAGGAAACGAUUGCUGUGUCAUCCCUGACCCCGCCCCCGCUCCAUUCGUGCCGCGAUCGCCUGCGCCGGUGUAUCCGAACGAGUUGCUGACCACCUACACAGCACGCACCGCCAGCCGUGUUUGGAAUGUCUGCAUGUUACAAGGACUCGCCUGCCUACGUUCUCCUGAAGGGCACAAAACAGAAAACGAGAAAGAAGAGGGAAAACAUGAUGGAGGCGGGCUCUCGUGUGAAUAAUGGCUUGUCCCUUGGCCCACAUACAAAAAAGAGGGUAUUGAAGGGCGCUUUGCCCCACAUAUCAACGGCAGCGCAGUCGGCCUUCAUCUCGCAUGCUCGAGAAAAAUUGUUGCGCGCCACCAGGUUGUCGCCUUUCGCAGAUGGCUGAAAGAUCAUAACAUGGAUCUCAAUGCAUAUACAUGAACCUGGGCGAGACAUGACUUGUCGGUCAAACCAGGAUGUUCGGAUACUCGACCGCAUCAGAUUUCAAUUUGAGGGCAUACGCGGUGACUAUCUGAUACGGCGGAGACAAGCAGGAUACAGCAGCAGGUCUUGAUGGAUGGUGCUUUGUCUGUUCGCUUGCUCGAGUCGCAUUGCCCCCUUCGAUGGUGUUGUAAAUGAAUGUGAUGUUGGUCGCUGAUGAGAAGGACACCGCAUUCGGAGCAGACUUCCCUUUAGAAUACGGAUUCUGCAUAGAUGGGGAAGAUGUGUGGUCACGUGUCGACGAAUCGGCGGUGAUUUGGAUGUCCUCACUCACCUCGUAGCAAACCCGAUGUGGUGGAAGUGAUUGUUUGCAAAGUAGAGAUCUCUGAUGACACAAACGCCGACCGGCCCACACACAGAUACAUAUCGCCGUUUACGUUGUCUCUCUAUCUUUCGAGCAGCCCUCACCGGUUUUGGGGUCUCUUCCUGUGCCCCCCAUUUCUGCUUGAGGCUUUGAAAAAACAGCGACCUCGUCAAUGUGCGACCAUUCUGCACAAACGAGGAAGAGUCAAUCACACAGACGAGGUCUCUAUUCGUCUUUCAUCUGCCUCGCUCACCAUUGUUGGUCACAGUCCAGAAUCUUGUCUGCUUCAAAGGCUUCGUCAGAUCGCCCGCGCGGAGGAGCCGCAGGCCGUACGCCGCUGUGUGGAAGUGACAGUUGUUGAUCUUGACGAACUCCGAUGGCGUAUCAGGGCGAUAGCUCUCUUGCAGGAUGGUGUGGAAGAAAGAAAAUGUGAUGCCGCUGAGCUCCCAGUGCGACUUGCCGGUGAUGGCGAGGGCCACCUCUUGGUCCUCUGCGUCUGUCGAGAUCUCAAUGUCGCUCCAUUGUGCGUCGUCAUUUUUCCACACGUAGAGGGUGCUCGUUGCCUCAUCAAACCAGUACUGAAGAGGGCGAGACAUGGAUGGGCAGACAGUGUACAUCUCUUCGUGUGUCUCUGUUGACCUCUCCUGGGCUGUCAAGCAGCGACAGUUUGUUCUGUACGAAAUAGUGGGAGUAGGCCCUUAUUCCUUUGUGAUCACGGCUUAAGGCGUAGAACUCGCCGUCUAAAGGGAAAGGACCAAGACACGGAAAGAGGCAGGUGAUACAAGAAGGGAGUGCGAGAACACGUGUGUCUCUCCCUCGCUGCGGCUAUGUAUGCACGCAUACCGAUCGUUAUCUUUCCUGCGGCCUUGUUGUGCGUUUUCACGGGGAAGUUUGCCGUCCAGAAGCCACUUUCACCUGUGUAGUACACAAAGGAAAGGAGCGAUGUCAGGACGGAGGGAUGUGUGUGUGUGUGUGUGUGUUUGUGUCGAACCGUCAUUGAUGGUGACGGUUGCCCCGACGAGGUCCGGCAGUGUCUUUAGUGUGAGGUCUGGUUGAGGCUUUCCCGUUUCAGGAAAAUGGCCCACAUCGGUGAGAGUGUUCAGCGACCAGGUUUUCUUGUCGCAUUCUUUGGUUUCAGCGGAAGGCGUGCAGUCGGGGACGCCACUCCCUCCGUCUGGUCAACAGCAAAGAAGGAGCGUGAGGUCUGGUUGGGGCUUCCCCGUAGCCAUGGACUUUUCUGUGCUGACUUACCGGCCAUGUACCAAUGCUGAGAGACAAACAAGAUAAUGCAACGUGUGGAAAGCCGGAGAAAAUGCAUGCUAUUACCUUCAU